ACGACCUUGACCGAGAAGAAAAACAAAACUUGUUUUUGUGUGACAGCGCUUGAAAUAUGGCAUCAAAGCUCGUUGGUGCUACUGUUAGAGCUGUAGCAAGAAAACGAACGAUGAUCCCGACAAAAGCUCCUUUAGUUUUGACGCAGUCUGCUGUAGCAAAAGUCAAGGAGUUAAUGCAUCAGAAGCCUGAAACGAUGUGUCUGAAGAUUGGAGUAAAGACACGGGGGUGUAAUGGCCUUACCUAUACCCUUGAUUACUGCGAUAAGACAGGAAAGUUUGAUGAAGUAGUCGAACAAGAAGGAGCAAAAAUUGUGAUCGAUGCCAAAGCACAGUUGACUUUGUUAGGCACAGAGAUGGACUAUGUAGAAGAUAAGCUUGCAGCUGAGUUUGUAUUCAAUAAUCCAAAUAUAAAAGGAACAUGUGGUUGUGGAGAAAGUUUUAAUGUUUGAUGGAACCUAAAUGGAUAGAUAUGUGUAAUUUACUACUUGUCCAUGUGAUAGGAAGAGAUUUGGACUUAAAUGUCCCUAGUGUGCCACAGUUAAAGGUGUGAUUUCCAUAACCAUCAGUGAAGAAGAUAUUGCAUGAAAAGAGCAAGUGCUUCUAUGACUUUGACUGUAGUUGCAUUUGUUGUGUUAUAAUUUACUAGUUUAGAAGAAUUUCAUCGCCUAAAGAUUUGUCAUUUUCAUUUUUUUAAAGUUUAAAGAUUAAAUCACUUGCAGAAAAGUUUAUUUACAUGUGGAACACAAGCCAUUGUUUCAUAAUUGAAAUUUUAUGUGCUCAUUAUAGAUAUGACAGGAUUUUUAUGGGAACAUGUGUGGCAGGCAGUGUCAGGGAGAUGGGUGCUAGGUGUCCUCUUUCUUACAUUUGCAAAUGAACACCAAUCAUUACUAGAUUUGGUUACCACUUGUAAUGGUAAACUCUUGGUUAAGUUUGAUAACAAGCUGGAAAGUGCCAGUCACUCCAUUGUUAUGGCCCUUGAAUUAUUAAGGCAUUUACCAAACUUGGUCAACAUGUUAAUGGUCAUACUUUUUCAGACUAUUUCCAUGACUAGUUGGAAAGUCCCAAUCAUUAUGGCUGUGAAAUGACAAAAAAUUAAAGAAUUGACAGUGCCCACUUACUAUCAUUGGCAAACAUUCAUCCAAUACUGGUGUUGUGAGGAAAAAUAGUUCGGACAAAUUUGAUAACUACCUGGAAGUCCAACUUGCAACAUAGGUAUGGCAGUUGAAUUAUGUCUCCCCCAUGGAGAUUGUUUUUGCUAAAAUUGUCUAUAUGUCUGGGCCAACAUUAAAUGGGGGGGGGGGGGGCUGUAUCCAUUGGUUAUUCUAUUGUAAAACCAAAAAAAACUAAAUGUUUUAGGGGCUUUUUUAAAGAAGGAAAAAACACUUAAACCAGAAAUGUUAGUGUGUUUGUCUUUCUGUCACAAAUUGUGUCUGCUCCAUAUCUCUUGAGCUGGUUGAAGGAUUUCAAAACUACCCACACAUGUUCACGGUACUGAGAUGAUGUAUAGAGCGCAUGUUACAACUUAAACUCAAGGUCACAUUUAGAGGUCAAAGGUCAUAUGGCUACAUUUUGUGUCCGCUCCAUAUGUCUUGAACCUUUUGAAGGAUUUUGAAAUAACUCGCCACAAAUGUCAACCAUAUUGAGACAAUGUCUAGCGCAAACUACAACCAGCUCAGUUCAAGGUCAAGGUCACAUGACUACAUUUCAUGUCGGCUCCAUAUCUCUUGAACUGCUGAAAGGAUUUUGAGGUAACUCGCCCAAUGUUCACCAUAUUAAGACAAUCUAUAGAGCGCAUGUUACAACGAGCUUGGCUCAAGGUUACACUUUAGAGGUCAAAGGUCAUAUGACUACAUUUUGUGUCCACUCUUUAUUUUUUGAACCUCUUGAAGGAUUUGAAAUAAUUUGCCAUAAAUGCUUAUCAUAUUGAGGCUAUGUGCAAGGGAGUAGACAUCAGUUUAUUAUUACAAAAAAAACACACUUCUAGUUGUUGUUUUUUUUUGGAUAAAAUUGGCAGUGUCUGCUGUUUUACUUGGGCUAAUGUUCACCAAUAAUCUUGUUCACUUUAUUUAUCAAAAACAUCUUGGCCACGUUUGAAAACUCUUCCAAAUCCCUGUCAGCCAAUUGACAAAAAAUUACGGAAACAUUGUUAGACUUAGUGACAAUGUUUAUGGGCAAAAUAUCUCGGAUUAUUUUGGAAACUAGUCAGAAUGUCCCAGAAAGAACACAAUUAUGGCCCUUGAAUUGAUUUAAAGUUACAGACUGCACAGUGUCUCUCACUUUUGCAGAUGUAUGCCAAUCAUCAAAAUUGGUCAAAAUGUUUAGGUUCUAAAUAUCUUGAACAAAGUUUGUAACAAGCAAUAAAGUCCCAAUCUUAAUCAGAAUGGACAGUUUCCCCUCUCUGACUAUGGUAUAUGUACACCAACCACCACCAAACUUGGUCACAAUAUUUAUUCUCAAAAUAUCUCUUACCAAGUUAAAUAACUAGCCAUAAGGUUAUACUGCAGCACCUGGACAAGGAGGGAACCCAAACCAAUCACUAGGCCACGGACAGCCAGUAGUGAAUAGACUAUACAGUAAAAGAUGUCCUAACAGCGGGAUGGACAUAUUUUGCAAUUGUUAGCACUCUUGUUCAUAUUAUAUGAUAGGUUACUUCAUGUAGAACAUAUCAGAUGUCUUCAACUCUGACAAUUAAAAUGUCACUGCUUUUAAACUUGACCUAUUUAUCAAUAAGUUUUGAAGAAACCCUUUUGAUGCACAAAAACAUGCAAAAUAUGAACAUGGCUGUCUUAUUCAUUAGCGGCAAGGGUAGGGGCAAAGCUGUCAGCUCAUCAUUUUAGCAUGGGCCACCAGCUGUAUACCAUUUUAUUAAAAACCUGAGUCAUAUUUACUUGAAAAUAAAUAACUACACUACGGACAAAGUAAAGGGACACUUUACAGUCGCCACACACAAGCUGUAGUGAAAGAUAUAUAUCUAUAUACAAUUCGUUCUGUGAUCAUGCAAAUGUACAUACUACAUGCAUAGUAUGAAAUAGCAGUAUUAAUAAUGCACCAAUCAAUUAUAACCACGGCCCCCCCCCCCCCCCCCCCCCCCCCCAGGUCCGGGGCAUACCAGGGAUAGCUGGGGAAAUGGGCCGUGUUUUUACUUUCCAGGGGGCCAGUGGUUUUGUCUUCGCACCAAAUUUAGCGGAGAUUGGGCCUUAUAUACUUAUAAAGUCCCUGGGGUGCGGGGGCAUUUGGCGGGGAUUUUACCAUCAGUUCGUCCCCGUAGGGCGGGUUUUUUAAAUCAAAGUCCGCGCUAUUCCCCUGACCUGGGGGGGGGGGGCAGUAGUUACAAUUGACUGGUGCAUUAGGAGUGUUGUUUUUGUUAACAAAUUCUGCUUGAUUUUUAGAAAAACAGUAAAUAUAAAGCAUAAAGUUAUGAGUACACGUUCUUUAAGAAAAGAUUAUCUAAAGAUGACUUAACUACAUACUAAAUUAUUUUUUCUUUUGAUUUUUAUCUUUCAUCCAUACUUAAACACAUCCUGUGACUGUACUAGUUGCCACAGAACUUUGCACUAAGAAAGCCUGACUUCCUGUGCUUUAGUAUUCAUUUGCCUGGCUCAACAUUAUAAUCUGUAACAGUGAUGACUCAAAUUCAGCUGUUCAAGGUUCAUUUAAGGUUAUUAACGUUGGCUACUUUUGUUUCAAACGACUGUGUAUCUGUAUUGAUGUACUACAGUUUAGAUACAAUUUUGUCAAUCCAAGUGUCCUCAUUACAUGUUACUUUUGAUAAGCAAUUGAUAUUACAUGUCAUGAUUUAAGAUAAUUGAAAUUUUAUCGAUGCAAUAUAUACUAUUUUGUUCAUGCAGUUGUAUUGUCUACUUUAACACACUCUAUAAGCUUCUUUUUUUUUUUUUAAAGUAGAUACAUGUAUGCUGGGGCGGUAUUCAUAAAGCAUCUUAGUGAAAAAUUUCAACUAAGUGUUAACAUGCAUUUUUUCUCAGUUCAAAUUUUAGAAAAGUAAUAAUGCUUUACACCAAAAAUACGAAAAUAAGAAAGAAAAAAAAUCCAAAGAAAAGUCUAAAUAAUAAAUUCAUAUGAUUACAUUUGAUGAAAAAUAACAGGUAUUUAGAAUAUUUGUUGUUUAAAUUGUUCACUAAGAAACUUUAUAUAGACCACCCCUGGGAAUUUUUGUAACUUGUUUUUGCAUUUACAUGUUAUUCAUUAUCAGGCAUUUAAUAUCAUAAUGCAAGAAAAUAUUAAAUGGUUGUUUAAAAAAAGUGUUUUUGUUACUAGUAUUCAAUGAAAACAAUACCUCCAAUGUAACUGAAUAACAAAUAUUUUCAAUUCUAUAGAAAAACACUGUGUUUGUGUCAGUACUGUAUUUCAGCAUUUAUAGAAUUUUAAACAUGAGUUCAAAGGUGCCCUGUAAUAUAAAUCUGACUUCUAUUUUGUUAAUAAUGUUUUUUCACUUUGCUCCUUGUAACAGCCAGUUACAAUUGUUAUUAAUUUUGAAAAUAUAAAUGCUGAAUUGGUA